CGGUCUUCUUUAUAUAUCUCUCAACUCUAAAGUUCUCUCUCUUCUCUCUGUAACUGGCUUUGCUCUGUUUCUCUCUGUUUUUUCUAGACAAGAAUCAUAAAAUGGAAUCUACUGAACUACAAGACAUAGAUUUCUUCACCUCUUUUUCCGACCACACAAACUCAACUUUCUUCACUCCAACCACUAGCUCGCUCCGAGCCGACACCGUAUCAGAAGACUCGGUUUCACCAAAGCCACAGAACGAAGACCAAGAUGAGUACGUUGCAGAGUUAACUCGUCAGAUGACUAACUAUAUGCUUCAAGACGAUGAAAAACAUCAAAAGUCUUGUAGUGGUGGCUCUGGCUCGCCACAGUCAACUCUUUGGUCACCGUUCGCCUCCGGUUACAGUAGCCCAGUCACCCCUUCACGAGAACCAUCUCCGCCGCUAACACCGGUGAGGCCGGUGGAGAUGAAACCUGUUAUGACUACUUCUCAAUCAAAACAAGCUUUAAUUGAUGACCAGAUCCGAUCUAUUCAAGCUAACUUCCAUAAGAUAAAAAAGGAGAAAGAUAAGCAACGAAACGAUGACGUAGUAGGACACAAAGCAAGGAACUACCACCACCAACAGAGACCAAGGUCGGGCGUGAAGGCCGUGUUCGUUGACGGGUCUGGUUCUCGAACCGUGUCGGGUGGAACUGGAGUGUUCUUACCACGUGGUCAUGGUACUCUUGUGGAGCCACGCAAUAAAUCAGGAUGUUCAACAGUAAUUAUACCAGCAAGAGUGGUUGAAGCCUUGAAAGUUCACUUUGACAAAUUGGGUGUUCCUUCUACAUUCUCUUCUGAUAUCCCUCCUUUUCAUGAUGCUCUGUUGGUGUCCAUGAAGAACAAAAACAGCAAAAGUAAAAGAAGUAGUUCAUCAACUCGGGCACAAAGUGGACCACUGUACACAUCGGAGACGUCGGUCGAGAGCCAUGAAGAACCACCGGCAGAUUUGCCACAUGAAUGGACAUACUGAUUAAACAUCAGCACAUGCUCUUGAUUGCUGAAGUUGUAGGGUUCGGAAGGUAGUAUCUCUUCGGAGUGAAUAGUGGGGUCAAAAUAUAAAAAUAAAUAAAAGCUUUUAAAACCAUUAUUUUAAGUUGAAAACUUAUAGAUUUGAAAAGGGGUGAAUUUGUUAUUUAUUAUUGUUAUUUCCAUAAGCUGGUUCAGGUAAAAUCAAUAAUUCUUGUGAUAAAAGAACAAUAAAAUAUGUAUGUAUAUGUUCAUAUAUAUUGCAUGCUUUUUUCGAAAAAAAGCCUACAUUGUAAUAAAAGGGGAAUGAGUAUAUUCCAUCAAUAAAAGCAUCGCCAG